UAUUUUAUGGGAAGCCAUCCGAGAUGCUCCGAGUGUGAAAAUGGCUGCGACCAUAGGAAAGGGAAUGAAAGGCAGCUUGAUAAAAUCCCUCUUAAACAGUGAAGGUUCGCAUCAAUUUACAAAUGUAAGGUAUGCAACAGGUCUACGAUCAAAAAGAAGUGGAAAACCGCCAGGAGUUGCAAGGACAUUUGAGCAGAGAUUAGCAGAUAUGAAAUUGACAAAACAAGCCAAACCUCCAAACAUCAACAUCGGUUUUCCAAUAACAAAAAAUAGUUUGAUAGAAGCACAAACUAGAGCUGUGAUAAAGAAGAAGAGAAGACAGUUACUGGCCGUAGCUCAAGAGGGAAAAUUAAAAAUUGACCUGCACGAGGUGGAAGAAGAAUCUUGGAAGACGAACAAACAGGAACAGCUACACAGACUUGCCGAGCAUUAUGGGUUAUUUCGGGAUUUGUUCAGAGGGGCCUAUUUUUUCCCACAUGUCAACUUGGAUGUAAGCUAUGAGCUUCCUGAUGACUGUGAAUUGCCUGUGUAUCAUGGGAACAGGAUUGAACCCUCUCAGACUGGCAGUCCUCCAAAUGUGUUCUACGAGACAGAGCCAGACACGUUAUGGACAUUGUUAAUGACCGCCCCUGACAGUCACCUUCAGGAUAAUGAUGCAGAGUACCUCCACUGGCUAGUGGGAAAUAUACCUGGAAAUGAUGUCAGCAAAGGGGAAGUACUCUGUGAUUAUCUGCAGGUGUUCCCGGUGAAAGGAACUGGAUUCCAUCGCUGUGUAUUUGUCCUGUUUAAACAAGAGCAGAAAAUUGACUUCAGCAGGGACAGUUUAACACCAAACACGUGCUCUCUAAGGGAAAGGACAUUCAAAACAUUUGACUUCUAUGAAAAACACCAGGAUCAUAUCACACCAGCUGGGAUUAGUUUCUUCCAGUGUGAGCAUGAUGAGAGUGUUCGAGAAGUUUUCUGGAACAAGCUUGGUAUGAAAGAGCCAUGUUUUGAGUUUGUAUUCCCAGCCUCUUAUCACCCAAAGCAGAAGAAGUUUCCACAUAAACAGCCAUUUGAUUUAUAUUUAGAUCGAUACAGAGACAUUAAAGAUAUCGAUGAAGAGGUUUUACGGGAGAAGUUAAAAUCUGUACAUCCAUUCAAGCCUCCCACACCUCCCCCGAAAUACCCAUUCCUCCACUACAACGACGAGGUCCGGGGAAAACCCUCCUGGCUCAAGAUGAAGAGGAAACACAUGUUAUUAAAGGACAUGCAGUGGAGAGAAACUUGAUUGUGAUGCUAAUAGCCUGAUAGUGUCUAUUCCUUAAUAAAUCUCAUUUAAAUACCA